GCCAACUCUUCAUGGUACCAUGAUUGUAGCAAAGCUGACGGGGAUUUUCGCUGGGUAUCUUCAGGAGCUCUUGAGUCUGGCGAGCUGCAUUUUGCGGGAAUCCAAGCUGAGAAUCUCUCAUUCUUCAGUUCUCUGAAGGAUACCAGCUUUCAGGCGUUCUAGCGUCCUGCUUUCCUGCUUAGUGCCUGCUUUGCGAUUGCAUCGCGCAGCGCCCCGUCACCGUGGGUUAGAUAGCAUCGUGAGGCGCCACAUCAUGGCGUCUCUUUUUAGCCUCAUUGAUCAGGCGUUUCUGAUGCCCCUCGAGCACCUCACUUACGAUAUCCGAGAGGGUGCCCGUGACUUUACAGAGGUGCUCUGCACGAGAUUGAGCGAGUUUUUUGGAGGGGAUCUCCUCGCAGAGAGCGCUCGAGGCCUGGUCGGUGGAGCCCUAGAGGCGCUUCUCCCUGUAGAGGAGAAGGCCCAGGUGCAGGCGCACUGGGGGGUGCAGAGGGAGCUGGUGGAGGUAGAGGAGGAGGAGACGGAGAGAGAGGGUGAGGGGGUGGAGGUGAUGCGGCCUCUUACUGUCCGGGAGGAGGAUGACGUGGCGGGGUCUCCCUGGACAGACUGCGCAGAGGGUGACCGCCAGCAGGCGCCCUCUGCAGGGCCCCUCCCCGACAUGGCCGCCGUCCCCCUCGCCGCUGCCUCUGCGCCCGAUCAUACGGAGCAGCGGGGCACCGGUGCAGCGGAGGCGGAGGCCAUCGUCGCUGAGGAGGAAGCGGACGUCUCUGGCGCCCGGGAGGUGGACACGGAUCGGUCUCCCGGCGCCUCCUGCGCAGAGGAUGGCCAGCACCAGGCACCCUCUGCCGCGCCCCUCACUGAGGUGGCCGCAGACACCCCCGCCGCUGCCCCUGCGCCCGCAGCCCCCCACACGCCCAGCCCCCAGAAGGAGCAGCGGGGCAGCGGCAGGGGCGGGUCGUCAUCCGCAAGGGGGGGUCUGUUCAGCUCAGACGCCUUCACCCUCCCCAGCGACGACGGCACCCUCUUUUCCGACCCCCACUUCGAGUACCACCCCCUCCCAUCCCCUGACGCCCGUGACCCCUCCACGAUCCUGACGGUCGAUCGGCAGGCUACCCUGCAGCUGCUUGAGACCCUUUUGGCACUUGGCUUCUCAGAGGUUGUCCACAUUGGUGGAGAGGAGAGAGCAGAGUGUGGGGCUGUCACGGAGGUCCUUGGGGGGAGGAGUAUCUUUGCGGAGAGGUCGGGGGUCAGUGGGGGUGAGACGGCGGCGCUGAGUCAUGGGGAGGCGCUGCUGCCCAGUGGGGUCCAAACGGACAUGGAGAUGGGCGGGGCUGGGGCGCGGGAGGAGGCGGUGACGCCGACGGCGUGGGGACAGGACCAGUCGCAGGCCAGCACGGCUGCACUGCGCAUCCCGUCCCCAUACUCGUUCCUGGAGGGGUCCCUGGAGUACUACCCAAACGUUACGCUCGACAGGGAGCUGGGCAGAGGCGGGCAGGGUGCGGUCUACUUGGCGCUCGCGACUCGCCCGACGGGGGAGGCCUUCCUCGUGGCCGCCAAGGUGCCGCUGGCGUGCCUUCCAUUCGACUACUUGCUGCCCGAGGCCCUGAAUUGGAUCGAGUGUGCGUCGUGCCCGAACCUGAUCCCGCUCCUGGGGUUCACGAUCCAGCAGGACACGUUCAUUCCGCUUUUUGGGCUGGCGGAUCCGUCCCCCGCCUGGACGGAACCGGGUGCCGGAGUCCAGGAGACCCCCUUUGAGCUGUACCGGGUGGCGGUGUUCGCGCACCACAUUGCGCGCGCGCUCGCGGCCAUGCACAGCCUCGGCUGGCUGCACUGUGACGUCAAGACCGACAACCUGCUCCUCAAGGACGGCUGCCCGGUGCUGGCGGACUUCGGGCUCGCCAUCCACGAGCGUGACGCGCCGGGGAGGGGGCUGUGCGGCAGCCGGGGCUACAUUGGCCCCGAGGUGUACCUGAAGGGGUACCACACGCAGAAGGCCGACAUCUUCGCCCUUGGAAUGGUCAUCUGGGCGCACGUCACGGGCGGCCGCCCCCACUACGGCUUCUGCGACACGCGGGCGCUGCUCGCGUGGAUGGCCCUGGGCGGGUGGUACACGUGGCCCACGGAGGUGCACGCCCACGGCGGCGACCUCAUGGCGCUCGUCGAGCGCUGCUGCGACGCCAACCCCGACCGGCGGCCCACCGCGUGCCAGCUGGCGGACGAGCUGCACGACAUUGCGGAGCUGCUGUGCGCGCAGUGCAGCAACGCGGACAUGGCGCGGGGGUGGGACGGGUAG